CGAGAGGGCCCGCCGCGCCCUCCGUGUCCCACGCGCGCGUCCCGCCCCUCAGCACCAGGCGACUCGAGCGCGGCGGGGCGCGGGCGCUCGGGACAGCCGGAAGUGGCGUGUGGUUGGGGGUGGGGCUGCGGGCCGCGUGGGGUGGCUGGGGCGCGCGCCGUUAGUGCCGGUAUGGAGGCUGAGGUGGAGAUGGUGGCGCAGAUGGAGAGCCUGGGCUUUGAUCCCGGCACCGAGCAGGCGGCCAGCACGGAGGAGCCCCUGAGCGAGGAGCGGGCGGUUAGCGUGGAGGGGCUGCCGGGCCGGGAGCAAGCAGUCAGCACGGAGGGGCCGCUGGGUGAGGUCAGCAUGGAUGGGGUACCGGGCCAGGAACGGGCGGCCGGCACGGAGGGAGCGCCGGGCGAAGAGCAAGCGGCGAGCGCGGACGGGGCGCCGGGCGAGGAGCAGGCGACCAGCGCGAAGCGGGAGCUGGACGAGGAGCAGGUGGUGAACAUGGAGGGGGGUCCGCGCGAAGAGCUUGCGGCCAGCACAGAGGGAGCGCCGAGCGAAGAGCAGGCGGCCCACACGGACAGGGCGCUGGGCCAAGAGCAGGCGGCAAGCGCGGAGGGGGCGCCGAACCCCCGGGAGGGCGGUGGGGAAGAGCGGUGCCCGCCGCCCCCAGCUGGGGCAGCGCCCUGCUCACCGCCGUCUGAGGAUCCCAGCGGGCCCCCGCCUGCCGCCGCCUCCUCGUCGGACUCGGACAGUGAUACGGAUUCAGAUAGUUCAUCAAGUACAUCCUCUUCUCCAUGUUCUCCUUCAAUAGUAUCUGACGAAGAUGAUCAUCUGAAUGGGAAGGAUAACAGAUCUUACUGUGUUAAAACAAAAGAUGAGUUGCCUAUCGAUGAGCUGCCUCCUGUUGAAGACCUAGCAAUAAUUCUGCCUGAUAAUGUUGAACUGAAACUCUUUGGGACAGUUUCCAGCAUCAUUGAGAAUCUAGUAAUAAUUGAAUCAAUGAGAGGCCUACCUCCAAUAAAUGAAGACAGCAUAAUUUUUAAAGAAGAUCGGCAAGCAGCAGGAAAGAUAUUUGAGGUAUUUGGUCCUGUUUUGCAUCCCUUUUAUGUGUUGAGAUUUAACAGUUCUGAGCAUAUAAUAGCAAAAGGUAUUACUGUGCAAGAUAGCAUGUAUUUUGCUCCAUCAGUGGAAGACUUCACCCAGUAUAUAUUUGCAGAGAAACUAAAACAGGAAAAAGGUUCAGAUGCAUCUUGGAAGAAUGACCAAGAACCACCACCUGAGGCCUUGGAUUUCAGUGAUGAUGAAAAAGAAAGAGAGGCAAAACAGAAGAAAAAGAAGCUUCAAAGCCAAGGCAGGAAGAAACUCAGAUCAGAAACAAACGCUUCAAGUGAGAAUAAGGGACUUCAUCAGUCAAUGCAACAUCCUGCUUCAAGUUAUUCAAGGGGGUACCAUGGCAGAGGGUUCUCCAGGGAUCCUUUUUUUCCUCCAUCAGGCCCUCCAGGUUUUUUGAGACCACAAGGAAAACCACCACAGUUGUACUCUUCAGACAACAGAAUACAUCAGGAAUCUCCAGUGUUUCCACAGCCUCAUAGAAAAGAAAAUCCAAUGAUGCAACAGUAUCCCUUUCCUCCUCCAGUUUUUGAUUCCGUUAAUGAUGUGCAUCAAUUCCACCUUCCACCUUCAAAUCCAAGUAUGGUUUGGGCAGGCCCAAACAUGUACAACUCAUCGUUCCCAUUCUUACCACCUCCACCACCACCGCCUCCACCUCCUCCAGAUAGCCAUCCUUCUCACUUCAGGCCUUACUAGGUUUCCAUAGAUAUUCAUACAGAGCAUUGCAGUUUAGAGGAAGAACAGUCUGCCAAGAACAUAUUACCUUAUUUUGGAGAUGUCGUUUUUCUGCAACAGGAGAACAAAUGCAGAAUUUGAUGCUUUGUGGGACAUCCAUAGGAAACUAUUUUUUUGUGUAUGUUUGGAGUUUCAAAAAAGAAAACUAUUAUAAAAAUAUUAAAUAAUGGUUUAUUUUUAUAAUAUCUACUAGUUUGGGAUGAUAAAUAAAAACUUUUUGGAGACUGGUA